AUGGCGGAUCUUCCUUUACAACGCGUGGCUUCCAACAGACGGAUGGAAGAUUUGAACGAUGAUGAAUAUGGAUAUACAACUGGUAGCGGCAUCUAUAAAUACAAAAAGAAGGACACCACAUGGGAAGAAGCAUUUGUGGAUGCUCAUGAGUUUUUACCGUACAAGAAAGACAGCCACAGUUCCAUGAUAUCCAAGUUUUUCUUCUCUCCCCGAGAAAACUACGAAACGCUGUCUAUUGAGAAGAUAUGUCUGGAAAUGACCAAUGCAUCGACAGAAGUUCAGCAAGACUUGUUAAAAUAUAUCACAGCGUGUCUUCUGCCAGAUCUGAAACAAAGCAACAGAAUUGUAGAAAUCUUCAAUCUGCUCUCAUGUAAAAACAAAUGUGUUAGAAAUCUUUGCACUAACGAAUUGAUAGAGAUUAUAAUGGAUGCUGAUCAGGGAAAAUUUUCCAAAGAUGAAAUGAUGAUGUUAUACGAGACGGGUACUAUUAAGUUAUUCACAGUUAUCGCAGAGACAAAGAAAACAUUUUCGACAUUCCAGCCUCUCAUCCAGCUCAGUAUUAUGUUCAACUGCUUUAUUUACCUACGGGCCAUUGAAGCAGUUGAUGAUUGGAUUCCAUGCAUUCAGAAUGUUGCGUCAGCUAUCCAAUCUAAGAAGAAGCGUGUUAUGGAAAGGAAUGACCCCGACGUUAUCAUUUUAGCUAAGAUGGCGAAAUGCAUUUUUGAUUUAGAAGAAGUUGACUUGGAUGAGAGUUUGUUGAUGGGAGAAGAUAUGAACGAGUUCCUUCCCCCUUUUAACAAAGAAGACAGUGAUAUAUGUAUCGAGGGAUUGGCUGCUCUCUAUCACACAGGGAAUCUGGUAUUGAGACAGCCGUUGAAAUUCAAAUCUGGUGUUCAGAAAAUGGUAGAUUUGUCUUCAUUCAUGGAUGGUUGUAAUGACGAGGGAAUGAUGAAAUGGUACCAUCGUUUGCUUGACUUAUUUAUAGUCAGUAUAUUACAACGGGAACACUCUGAUGUAAAACUGGAGAUACUCGAAAAGGGUGAAGAUAAACUGUUUUCGACGCUGAAUCGUGAGUGCCUUUUCCCUGAGAGUUUUAGUACCUCCCAAUGCCUGUUGUUUCACCACAAUGAAAGAAUACAAUCCAAAUACAGGGAAAUCGCCAAACGAAGAGGUAUAGUCAAUUCAAAGACUGUCACGGUGGAUUACAUACAGACGGUUUUAAACAAGUGCGGACUGGUGUUUGACAUGUCUUCUACAGUUUCACCUCUAAACAUUGGUUUUGAACGCAAGCAGUGCACAUUUUAUAAUGUGAGUGCAUCUAUCACUUGCAUAUUCGAAGUAAUCCCUGAUGAGCCAAAGGAUGUGGCUAUGUAUAAUUCUUUCACAACAUUCAACACAAGGAAAAGUUCAUUGAGGCAAACAAGACUGGAAAAUGAAAUGGAAGUAUUGAAAGAAAUUGAGUCCAAAGAUAUGCAUAGAAAUGUGGCCAGACUUCUGGCGUUUAAUCAAUCCUUACCAAAGUUUUACAUCAAAGAAAGAUUACCUGGAGACAAUCUACAAAGGCGCCUCCUGGAGGCGAGAGACAAAGGGAAGAUAAUCCCAAUUGCAGAUCUCAUCGGAAUUAUUAUUCAAGCUAUACAGGCAAUUAUAUACGUGCAUAACUGUGACUGCCUCGUCAGGGACAUAACAACAGCCUCCUUCAGCUGCACAGUGACAGGAAAUGGAUAUUUUCUCAAGCUCAAAAACUUUGAGAGGGCGACCAAGCCGUCAGAUAUCCCUAGGGGUGGAAUAGUCAACGGCUUAAUUGAUCUGGAUUUUAACGGAGUCUGCACUCGAUGGGCAGCCCCCGAGAGCUUGCUAGAAGGGCGUUAUAGUAUCUACAGUGACGUUUGGUCCGUCAACAUUUUAGCAGACGAAAUCCUCAACUACGCCGCGUGGCCAUAUUCGGACAUAAGUGAUGCGGACAUUGACGACAUGAUCAAGAAUAUUGUCUUUACUCACCUUAAACCUCAAGGAUUCAACCGACCGAGGCGAGUCCAGAGUCUUAUUUUGGAGGGACUUGCCAGCAAACCCGAUCAGAGAUUAAAACUGGAGGCGUUGCGGGAAAGGCUUUUAGAGAUAUCGGAUAACAUCAGCGGGGGAGAAAGUUACAGUACAUACGACACUUAUUCUGGAGUGGAGGGAACACAUGCAAAGGUAUACGAUAUACCUUCCCUUACAGAACGACAAAUAAAAGCCAACUCUGUAUUUGAGAGGGGAAUUCCACUGUCAAUUCAAAGAUACAGAGAGCUUAAUGAAGAUCAGAUGAGCGUGUUUGCGUCAGAAGCAGCGGAACACAAUGAUAGACUACGAGCACAGGAAGGCAUCCCACUGACAGAAAUAUCCUCUGACGAGUAUUACAAGAUCGAAAGUGAGGACAGAAUAAACAUGAUGACAGUAAUGGAAAAAGUGAGCGAUGACUUCCUGAAGUUUACAUACAAUAGACUGAAGGAAAUCGACAGUAGAAAGAUGUGUGUGGAACCAUGGCCUCCUACGACAAGUAUCUCAGCAGAUGGCUUUAAACAAAUACACUAUAAAUUUCCACGAUCAAGACACCUUCUUGAUAUAGUCCUCCACAAAGAACGCGGCGACACGAUUGGUCCAUACAUUGAGCUUUUGUAUGAACUGGCCAAACAUAUAGACUCUUUUCAUUCAGCUGGAUGGAUUUUUCGAUGUCUAAGAGCAAAGAAUAUUUGGAUUCUGGAAACAAAAGAAGGAAAACAAAUUAAUCAAACUAUUGUGGUGCCCAAGUUCGGUAAAUACCGUAUGAUAGCGUCGUCAGACUUCAACAUCCAUCUAGAGCAGAUCAAAGUUGAAAGACUAGAGGAGGGAGAUGGAAUACAAUGGCUUCCGAUUGAGGCAAUAAAAGCCGGACUCUAUUCCAAAGAAAGUGACGUGUAUGCUUUCGGUAUGAUCACAUGGGAGGUCAUGUCUGCAUUUGAACAGGAGGGAGUUUUGUAUGACCAAGACGAAGAGCGGGAAAUAAAGUGUAUUCCAUUUAACUACCAAAAACCUGAAAAAAUUCUACAACAUUUGAUAGAGGGAUACAUACCAGAAAAAAAUGUUAAAUGUCCUGAUUGGUUUUACCGAGAAGUUACGAGGCCUUGUCUUCUACAUCAGAAAAUCGACAGACCCUCGAUGAAAACUAUCGUACAAAUCCUGGAAACACGGCAUCCGGAAUAUAAAAGAGCCAAAUACGUAGAAAUGUACGAAGGUAUCUAUGACGAUGCCGAGAUAAGUACGGAUUUGUCUCAGUCUUACAUAGAGGAAUCUAAAUGGACUCCCAUGUUUCCUCCACCUCAAACGAGAAGAACUCCAUAUCUCUAUGAUAAUGCCGGGAUAAUUACCGAUUUGUCUCAGUCUUACACAGAGGAAUCUAAAUGGGCUAAAACGGAAGGAAACUCUACCGUGUUUCUACCACCUCAAACGAGAAGAUCUGUACUUCCGCUUCCAGUGUCGUCUUGCAAAACAAAGGAGAGUAAAAACUUGAAUGGAGGGAAAUAUAAUCUACCACAUCCGUCACCUGACCCAAAACCAAAAGACGUCAAGGGGAAGAAUGUUGAAGAAAGAUUGAGCCCAGGGAAGAAAACGAGAGAUGUAUACGAAAAUGUAAAUAAAAGUGACAUUGAUGACAGUAUACCUAAAAUACCACUAUCAUUGUCAUCAACAGGGAAUCAAAAGGAGUCUGCCGAUAGAACGUUUGAAAAGUCUUGCAAAGCACUUCCUCUUCCAAAGAUUCCACAAAGUGAUGAGAGUGAAAGUGUAAAUGCGAAGGAACGGUCUGCUCAAACAGUUCCACCAAAGACACAAACUCGACAAAGCAAUGCUUAUCAAAAUGUAAAGGAGGAAACGUUUUUCCAGAUUAACAAAGGAAAAAUCCCUCCACUUCCACCCAAACCAGAAGGAACUAAGAAUACAUUUGAUGGAACCAACCCAGAACCCCCCAGAACCCCACACACCAGUGGUCAUAAAAAUGACGCAUCACCUCCUCCACCUCCUCCAUUGCGACGGGACAAUCAGCUAAAGUCGGAAAAUCCAAGAACUUGUGUGGAUGACUUAGAGAAAGAUUCCGUCCAUAAAAGUUCAGAUUUCUCAGAGUCUGCAUCAAAUAUGUCUCAAAGAAGAAUUGGGGUAACCUGCAAAGGUACAGCUUAUGAUAGUAAAACUUCAGCCCAAAAUCUCGGAGACACAGAGAGAGGAUUCGACUUCGAUAGUACAUCUGAAUCUGAUGUUGCACGUCAUAUCAGUGAAAACUUUGGAAACAGUAAGAAAGGUUACGGGAAAUUGCCAGCUAUGAAAAUCAAACCCAAGAUUCUUCCAAAACCGGGGUCUAGAAAUACACCUCAGUCGACGUUCUAUAUUGGUGAGGAAGAAAAAAGUGAAAAAGUGAGAAAGGUUGGUGAGGUAAAGCGAGAAGAGCCUGACACUGCAAAACAAUCAAAUCAAGUUAAUGUGAAUGAAACGGAAACUGACAUUAAACCUGUCUUGCCACCUAGGAAACCGCUCAAUAAAUGACUUAGUGUUUGUAGUUGAUAAAACACUAUCCUUCGCUCUUUCUCUACCUGGAAAUAUAGCAUUCAACAAUCCAUGCUGUCGGUACAGGUCUAAAAAAAAAUGUGUCUUACAUAUUACACACAACAUGUCAAUUUGAGCUACAUGGAAACAGACAAUAUGUUGAGGUUUAAUAAAAGUCGAAAUAUCUCAGAACUUU